AUGCCUUCCUUCGCUUCCACCCUCCUAUUCUCUCUGGCGGCCUCGCUCGCCGCCUCGCUCGCCGCCGCCUCUCCCGUCGCCGUGGCCGGCCCACUAACGACGCCAGGCCCGGACCCGGCGUUCGCUGUGGCCGCGAAACGCGCUUCGUCCUGUACCUUCUCCGGCUCCGCCGGCGCUGCUUCGGCCAGCAAAUCGCAAGCUUCGUGUGCGACCAUCGUGCUCAGCAAUAUCGCCGUGCCGUCGGGCACCACCCUGGAUCUUUCGAAUCUGGAAGACGACACUACCGUCAUCUUCGAAGGCGAGACCACCUGGGGCUACGCCGAGUGGGAGGGCCCGCUCCUCCAGAUCAAGGGCAAGAGCAUCACGGUCAAGGGGGGAUCGGGCCACGUGCUCAACGGCGGCGGCGCGCAGUGGUGGGACGGCGAGGGCAGCAACGGCGGCAAGACCAAGCCCAAGAUGUUCUACGCCCACGACCUGACGGGCAGUUCGACCAUCUCGAGCAUCAACAUCAAGAACACGCCGGUGCAGGCGGUGUCCAUCAACGGGUGCGACGGCCUGACAAUAACUGACAUGACCAUCGACAACUCGGACGGCGACGUCACCGACGGCGGCCACAACACGGACGGCUUCGAUAUUGGCGAGAGCUCCGACGUUACCAUUACCGGCGCCACCGUGUACAACCAGGAUGACUGCGUGGCUAUCAACUCGGGAACGAACAUCAAGUUCACCGGAGGCUACUGCUCGGGUGGUCACGGCCUCUCGAUCGGGUCGGUCGGCGGCCGCGACGACAACAUCGUCGACACGGUCACCUUCUCCGACACGACCGUCAAGGACUCUGCCAACGGCGUGCGCGUGAAGGCCACGGCGGGCGACACGGGCACCAUCAAGGGCGUCACCUACUCGGGCAUCACGCUGAGCGGGAUCACCAGCUACGGCAUCCUCAUCGAGCAGAACUACGACGGCGGCGACCUGCACGGCAACCCGGGCACCGGGAUCCCGAUCACGGACCUGGUCAUCGAGAACGUCACUGGCAGCGUCGACAGCGACGGCACCAACAUCGCCAUCGUGUGUGGGGACGGCUCCUGCUCCGACUGGACUUGGUCCGGUGUCGAUGUUAGCGGUGGCGACACGUACGACGCAUGCGAAAAUGUGCCUUCGGUUGCUAGCUGCACGUAG